CAGCCCACACAGUGUAAGCACUGCAGUGAAACCGCUCCCACCAGUACCAGGCCAACUGCAACUACCAGGUCUAAUAUCUGACAAGUCAUAUCUGAAAGAAGCGCUAGCUGUUCAUAAUUAUGAACCAAAAGGAAGCUCUGAUGUUCGGCUUGUCAGAAACCACAAAUAUUAUAUUCUGAGAGAUGACGAUCCUGACUGGUGGCAAGUAAGAGAUUUGGAUGGUAAUGAAGGCUUUGUUCCACAUACUUAUCUGAAGAUGAUAUCUCAGACCACCGAUGAAUUAAGAGGAACCACUGAGGCAGCUGAAAUGGAAGACAGCUUUGAUAAAUAUAAUUGGUAUGUUGGUCGUCUUUCAAGGGCCCAGACAGAACAACUGCUGCAAGAGAAGGGGAAAGAUGGUGCUUUUAUGGUUCGUGAUUCCAGUCAUGUGGGGAAGUACACAGUAUCAGUACUUAGCAUGACCAACAGAGAUAAAAAAGGAAUAGUGAAACACUAUCAUGUUCAUGUAAACAGCGCAAAUCAGUUUUACCUGGCAGAGAAUUACGGUUUCAAUUCACUUCCCAAGCUUAUUCAUUAUCACCAACAUAAUUCAGCAGGUAUGGUUACAAGACUUCGACAUGCCGUCUCUACAAAGACAAACAAAAUUCCAUCCACAGCACCUUUGGAAAAUGGGCCCUGGGAACUCAAGCGUGAAGAUAUUGUGCUGCAGAGAGAAAUAGGAAGUGGUCAGUUUGGAGUCGUGCAGGUUGGAAAAUGGAAGGGAAAAUAUGAUGUUGCUGUUAAAAUGAUAAAGGAAGGAUGUAUGUCUGAAGAUGAAUUCAUAGAAGAAGCAGAAAUCAUGAUGAAGCUGGACCACCCCAGACUUGUUAAAUUAUAUGGGGUGUGUACCAAGACAUACCCCAUCUAUAUUGUGGCUGAAUAUAUGGCUAAUGGCUGCUUGCUCGGUUAUUUGAAAAACCAUGGAAAGGAGCUUCAUCCCUUUCAGCUAGUAGAGAUGUGUUAUCAUGUUUGUGAAGCAAUGGCUUUCCUUGAGAGUCAUCAGUUUAUACACCGAGAUUUGGCUGCUAGGAAUUGCUUGGUUGAUUCUGACUUGACAGUGAAGGUGUCUGACUUUGGAAUGACAAGAUAUGUCCUGGAUGACCAGUAUAUCAGCUCCUUAGGAACUAAAUUUCCUAUCAAAUGGUCAUCACCAGAGGUUUUUCAUUAUACUAAGUUCAGCAGCAAGUCUGAUGUGUGGGCCUUUGGAAUUUUAAUGUGGGAGGUGUUCACUUUGGGCAAGCUGCCCUACGACCAGUAUGAUAACCUGCAAGUGAUUGAGAAGGUGUGCCAGGGUUAUCGGCUGUAUCGUCCACAAUUGGCUUCUGAAGCCAUCUAUGAAAUCAUGUACAGCUGCUGGCAUGAGUUGCCUGAAAAACGCCCUAAUUUUCGUGAGCUGCUUUCUAUCCUGGAGCCACAAAGAAAAGAAGGCAAGCCCUAAAGAAUACACCUACCUGAUUUUCCUUCUCCUUGCUUAUUCUUUUAAGUUGUACUUUAGAAGCAUUUGUCAAAUUAUACAUUUUAUAUUUAAAGUGGCGAACAGAGAAGAUCAAUAGUGAUUAUAAGGCUUAAAUGAGGGAGAGCAACAUUGAAAUUUUUUUGCUCUACCUUAGAGAUUAUGCUGUAGGUUGCUAGUGAGUUCAAGUUAAACUGAACAUGUACAACACAUUCUGAGUUAUGUUCCACAAUCUCUUGACAUGUAAUGCAAAUAUGGAAAGACCUAAUAUAAUGGGAAAAGAUAAAAAUAAGUGUGACAUACAGAAUUGGGAAACAGCGCUUGCUCCUUAUGUAUGAGUUUUUUGUAUGUCAUAGCCAACUCAGUUGCUCUUAUUGUAUUUUUUAUAGAAAGGGUGCAUCUAUACUGAAUGCAGUUUGACACCAAUUUAACUGCCAUGGCCCAAUGCUGUACAAUCUUAGGAGUAGUAGUUUGGUGAGUCACUAGCACUCUUCAACAGUAAAGGCUAAUGUUUUUGUAAAAGCAAUUCCCAUGUCUAUCUGGUAUUAUAGUUAAGUUGCAUUCACCUUACAGUGUAGAGCUGUGGUUCCCAACCUGUGGCCCGUGGGCCACCAGUGGUCCGCAAGAAUUAAAAUAUGGUUCAUGGCCUCACCAUUACUAUACUGUUGCAACAAAAGCAACUAGUCUCACAAAACCCUCUUAUAGUGCAGAGUCUUGUUAAACAUGGUGUUCUGUGGCUGAGCAGAUGGCGACUACUGGGUGGCAUAUGUUCUGUAUCAGAAACUAGAGCAGAUGUGUUCUAUCCAAUGCAAUUUUCUGAAUCAGCAUCCCAAAUAACCAAACCGAAUCUAAAGUUGACCCAAAACUGAUUCGUAACCCUUUUGGUACUAAUGUUGGAGAGUGGUCCCUGGUCAAAUGACCUCUGGUCAAGUGGUCCCUGGUCAAAAAAGGUUGGGAACCAGUGGUGUAGAGAAACCCCUAGAUAGCCCUUUAACUCUUACGAUGCUAGGAUUCUAUAAUACAGAUGCACCUUGUUCUGGGCGGAACUUUGGGCUUUCAAGAGAGAGCAUACCUAGCAUUGUGUCUUCAAGUAAAGUGUUGUGUUCAGUGUUCUUAAUGAACCCUGUUCAUGAACCUUAGAGUAAAUAAAAAGAAUAUCUUUCAGUGACUAAAUAUUUAAUAAAAGAAAUGAGAUACUGCA